UUACAACUGCUGUUUUGAUGAAAUGAGCAGAAGUGGUAUCCUAUUGUUCUCUAAUAUAAACCUAUUUUCUAACAGAAACAGACUUUGACAUCCGCCUGAGUGGAGGCCCGGAACCUAAUGUGGGCCGUGUAGAAGUGUUUUACAGUGGUUACUGGGGAAGUGUUUGCGGCUACUACGACUGGGACGACAGAGACGCUUAUGUAACUUGCAGGACGUUAGGAUACAGUGCUGGUUAUCAAAUAUAUCGGACCACCCGUUAUGGCAGUCUAACAGACCCUGUAUGGAUGGCAGGUGUAGACUGUACCGGUACGGAGGAAAGUCUAGCUGAUUGUUCCUUUGACGGAUGGGGUCAAGUUGGUUAUUGCAGUAGUUUCUCCGCUAGUGUUUUCUGUUAUAAUUUCAUAGAAACAGACUUUGACAUCCGCCUGCGUGGAGGUCCAGAACCCAAUGUGGGCCGUGUAGAAGUGUAUUACAGUGGUUACUGGGGAAGUGUUUGUGGCCUAUACGGCUGGGACAACAGAGAUGCUAAUGUCACGUGCAGGAUGUUAGGAUACAGUGCUGGUCAUCAAAUAUAUCGGACCACCCGUUAUGGCCGUCUUACAGAUCCUGUAUGGAUGGCAGGUGUAGACUGUAACGGUACGGAGGACAGUCUAGCGGAUUGUUCCUUUGACGGAUGGGGUCAAGCUGGUUUUUGCAGUAGUUACCCCGCUAGUGUUUUCUGUUAUUAUUUCACAGAAACAGACUUUGAUAUCCGCCUGAGUGGAGGUCCAGAACCAAAUGUGGGCCGUUUAGAAGUGUAUUACAGUGGUAACUGGGGAAGUGUUUGUGGCUUGAAUGACUGGGACGACAGAGACGCUAAUGUAACGUGUAGGAUGUUAGGAUACAGUGAUGGUCAUCAAAUAUAUCGCAUCACACGUUAUGGCCGUCUUACAGACCCGGUAUGGAUGGCAGGUGUAGACUGUAACGGUACGGAGGACAGUCUAGUCGAUUGUUCCUUUGACGGAUGGGGACAAGUUGGUUCUUGCAGUAGUUAUCCCGCUAGUGUUUUCUGUUAUAAUUUCACAGAAACAGACUUUGACAUCCGCCUGAGUGGAGGUUCAGAAUCCAAUGUGGGCCGUGUAGAAGUGUACUACAGUGGUGACUGGGGAAGUGUUUGUGGCCUGUACGACUGGGACGACAAAGACGCUAUUGUAACGUGCAGGAUGUUAGGAUACAGUGAUGGUCAUCAAAUAAAUCGCAUCACCAGUUAUGGCCGUCUUACAGAUCCUGUAUGGAUGGCAGGUGUAGGCUGUAACGGUACGGAGGACAGUCUCGCUGAUUGUUCUUUUGAGGGAUGGGGUCAAGUUGGUUAUUGCAGUAUAUAUCCCGCUAAUGUUUUCUGUUACAAUUCAACAGAAACAGACUUUGAUAUCCGCCUAAGUGGAGGUGCAGAACCCAAUGUGGGCCGCGUGGAAGUGUAUUACAGUGGUUACUAGGGAAGUGUUUGUGGCCUAUACGACUGGGACGACAGUGACGCUAAUGUAACGUGCAGGAUGUUAGGAUACAGUGUUGGUCAUCAAGUAUAUCGGAACAUCCGUUAUGGCAGGCUAACAUAUCCUAUAUGGAUGGCAGGUGUAGACUGUAACGGUACGGAGGACAGUCUGGCUGAUUGUUCCUUUGACGGAUGGGGUCAAGUUGGUUUUUGCAGUAUAUAUCCCGCUAAUGUUUUCUGCUAUAAUUCUAUAGAAACAGAAUUCGAGGUCCGCCUAAGUGGAGGUCCAGAACCCAAUGUUGGCCGUGUAGAAGUGUAUUACAGUGGUUACUGGGGAAGUGUUUGUGGCCUAGACCACUGGGACUACAGGGACGCUAAUGUUAUAUGCAGGAUGUUAGGAUAAAGUGCUGGUCGGCAAAUGUUUCGCACCACCCGUUAUGGCAGUCUAACAGAUCCUGUAUGGAUGGGUGGUGUAGACUGUGACGGCACGGAGGACAGUCUAGCCGAUUGUUCCGUUGACGGAUGGGGUCAAGUUGGUUAUUGCAGUAAUACCCCUGCUAGUGUUUUCUGUUAUAACUUCACAGUUGACUCUACAAUAGACAUUCGUCUGGUAGAUGGACCAAACAGUUAUACCGGUCGAGUUGAGGUGUACUACGGUGGAUAUUGGGGAGGUGUUUGUUCUCAAACGCUUUAUUUUGGUGAUAAAGACGCAGUUGUCGCAUGCAGGAUGCUUCA